AUGACCUUCACCGUCACCUUCACUGUUGGAAAGAGAAACUACCAGGUGGUAAAACGGGCAAUAUGGAACGUAGUAAACCCGAUAGAAGUCCAUUUCAGAUCGGAAAAGGAUUCGAACGGAAGAGCCCAUCUUGAAGCCACUGUCACCAACAUAUGCAAGCACACGCUCACCAUAAAAGACAUAAAGCUCGUCACUCCGCAGGACUCCACAUUCCAGGACCCAAUAUACGAGCCGCACAAGGACGUUAAUGGUGUAUGUGUGUUGCAGCCAGGCGGCGCAUACAGCGUCAUAUUCAAAAAUAUAAAAACCACGAAGCCGAUGCAGAUCAAGGCAUUCUGGCACUGCUAUGAACGAGGUGUCGGCGAAAUUGACAUGCAAGUAGACGUUUUCAACUACGAGCAACCUAUCGCAUAUGAAACUAUUCAGCACCCGGGAACGGUCUCGCUGAACGAUGAGUUCACAAUCAAAUUCAGGGUGACCAACACCACACAAGAGAGCCUGCAGUGCAGACUCAAAUUCAAUCAAAACCAACUUAAACCGUUGGUGGUGCAGGUGGAGGACUACCUGGAUUUCGGCGGAAUGGCUCCAGCGGAAUCCAAAAUAAUAGAAGUACCAUUCAUGAGUAUGGAAAAAGGUUUGCACACAAUAAGGGGACUGGAGUUAUGCGUCAUGCCGGACUUAGUCAUUCCAGUCACGGACCUUCAGGUGUUAGCAGUGUAG